AUUGCGCAUCCUUUGUUCGCUUCAUUAUUAGAAAAGAAGAUAUUAAGAUAAGAACAAUUUAAAACGUGAUGAUUUUUGAAAAAAAAAACACACUGUUAGUGGAUUUACAUUAUUUUACUGACUGCAUCAUUGUUUCACAAACAUUUUCAGUUCAACUAGUCUUUUACACAGAUUAAAAUUAUCGUGACAGAAUCAUUUUAUAAUCAAAAAACUAUAAAAAAACAACAAAGUCGAUACAAGCUUGAUUCCCUAAAUAACGAAUAAACUUUUUUCGUUUUUCCUUUUCGGCACAUUUAUAUAUUAUUUGUAUUAUGAUAAUGAUAGUUAUUUAUAACUGCCAGUCAAAUGUGCAAGGAGCGAACGUUAAAAUAUCGCGUGAAAUAGCAAGAAUUAAAAAUAAAAAAAAAUUGAACAAAAGAAAGCAGGAGAAGCAACAGUGAGCGAGACAACCUCAAAGCCAAAGUCGAAUUAGUUAAAGAAAAUAAGCAUGGCUGGGAUCCCUCGGAAAAUACUUAAAAUGAGAUGCUGUGCAUGGAGGCGAGCAGAGUUUCUCGCUUUGAGCUUCGUUCCGGCAGGCCGUAUAAGUAGGCUGUACCACGGCGACAUGCGCGUGCCGGAUUUCGACGAUUAUCGCAAGGAGUCGACCAAGUGCCCCGAGAGACGGAACAGAGACACCGCCGACGAUCGCAAGCUCGAGGCUUACGCACCAACUUUCGUUGCGAGCGUGGCCGGAGUCUACGCGGCCAAGACCGUCGUUACGCAGCUGCUCUCGUCGAUGGCCGCCUCGAAGGACGUCCUCGCCGCCGCCAAGACCGAGGUCGAUCUUUCCAACAUUCCCGAGGGCAAGGUCCAGGUGAUCAAGUGGCAGGGAAGGCCCGUGUUCGUCUACCACCGAAGUCAGGAGCUGAUCGAUCAGGAACGAGCGAUGGACGUCGGCCAGCUGAGGGACCCCCAACCCGACGAGGCUCGCUCCCAGCGGCCCGAUUGGGUCAUCCUCAUCGGCAUUUGCACGCACCUCGGCUGCGUGCCCAUACCCAAUGCCGGCUCGGUACCCGGCGGCUUUUUCUGCCCCUGUCACGGAUCGCACUUCGACACGGCGGGCCGAGUGCGCAAGGGGCCUGCCCCCAAGAACCUCGAGAUACCACCCUACGAGUUCACCGACGACACCAGCCUCGUUAUCGGAUGAUUUUUUCUACCUGUCGCUAGUUCCUUUUCAUUUUCAAUGGACGUGUUGUUCAAUUAAUAGGCCAAUUGUUCAGCGAGUAGCUAUUGUUUAAUUCUUAUUAAAAUGAUACCUUUACAUCCAACUAAUUUUCAUCAUCAAGUGGAAGUAAAUAUUUUCACAAAAAUGUAGAUGCCAACAGUUGAUCAUGUUCCUCUACAAAAUUAGAAAAUUUAUCUUUAAAUGAUUUGAAUAAUAACAAAAAUGUAUCAAUAUUUAAAGUUUUUACUUAUACCCAAAAGCUUUCUUCCUUCUGUUGUAGCUUAUUUUGAGGUCAAUAAUUACAACACUUUUAUAACAUCAGUAGUUACCAAAAUAUUAAAAAGAAGAUACCAUUUAAUGACUAUCAAAUAGUUU